UUUUUCUGCUCCUUUAGAGUGUUGUGGAGGCAAUGGCGAAAGAUGCAGCGAGAGUGGCUCGGAUUGUCAAUGAGACGGUGGAGGAGGGCAGCAACUCCUUAGAUCUGUCAAACUGCAAACUAACCAGUUUUCCAGUUGCGCUCUUCAAAGUCAUGAAGAAUGUUGUGGCAAACAUUCACUUAAUUUCACUGGAAAACAAUGAACUGAAAUUCAUCUCUGGUGAAUUUAUGACCAAUUUUAACCAGCUCCGCGGUAAGUGUUCCUCACGUUGAUUGGGCGCUAGCUAG